AUGUAAACAGGCUUUAUGCCAAACCGGGGUGGUCGGUUGAGAAGGCAUAACCAAAUAUUAGUCUAACCUUGGUCUAACCCCGGAUAGUUUUUCGUUCAAAAUGUGUGAUUCAUCUAGUGUUCCGAACGUUUCCUAAAGUUGUCGAAUUGACAUUGACAGCUUGCUUUUAAGGUUAGUUUAGAUUUGAUACGAUAGCUCAUAACACGAAAAAUUGAUUGAGCUUGUAUUUUGUUUAUUUUGCUUGUAUAGCUAUUAAAUAUCUUUCCUGAAACUAAUAAUACAAUGAGUCUACCGACAGACUUCGGGCCGGAUUCAGGUGGACGAAUAAAAGGUCUUACAAUCGUCAAACCAAUAGUCUACGGCAACAUAGCGAGGUAUUUCGGUAAGAAGCGAGAAGAAGAUGGGCACACGCAUCAAUGGACGGUGUACGUGAAGCCUUAUGCGAACGAAGACAUGUCGAAUUACAUUAAGAAAGUGAACUUUAAAUUGCAUGAGAGUUACGCGAACCCGAAUAGGAUUGUGACGAAGCCACCGUACGAGCUCACUGAGACGGGUUGGGGCGAGUUCGAGAUCGUUAUCAAGCUGCAUUUCCAUGAUCCAAAUGAGAGACCUGUAACCCUGUAUCACAUCCUCAAGCUCUUCCAGUCGCCAGCAUCAGAGGGUGCUCCCCCAACAGUUGGCCGGGCGCUUGUCAGCGAGUCCUAUGAAGAAAUUGUGUUUCAGGAGCCAACGCAGCUGAUGCAGCACUUGCUCACCACAGUCAAACCUGUCACUAAUGGACCUUGGACUCAUGACACUAAUUUUGAAGAAAAGAAAGAAAAAACUUUAGAAAAGAUCAUAGCAGCACAAGCCAAGGUGCGCAGCGAGAUCGCAGAGCUGAAGGAAAAGUUGCAGCUAGCUAAGGAAACCGGAGCCAAGUUUAAGGAGGAAAUUGCCAAACUACAAAACAGUUCUUCGGGCUUGCUAUCCGUUAUAUAAGUACGAUUAACGGGAACUGUGAAUGUCAUCUCGCUUUGUUUGUUAGGGCACAGUACAGCGGAUGUCAUUCCAGAUCUAGAGCAGAGCCCAACUGGAAAAGUACCUCAACCAUACAGAAAACCGCAGCCAAAUAACACUAGACCCUCCUCAUAGUGUUGUGUUACUGCCGGUGAGUAAGGUUGCCAGAGCUCAACGAGGGUGCGGAGUGUUGGGGUCGGCAACGCACAUGUAACUCCUCUGUUGUUGCAUUCGUCCAUGGGCUACAGAGACUGCUUAUCAUCAGGCGGGCCGUAUGCUUGUUUGCCAACGACGUAGUAUAAAAAAAAACCACCAAAUGGGCGGAGUCGGGCCUCGUCGGAACGCAUUUUAAAUUUGUACGGCCGCAAGCCGGCCGGCUCCUUGCGGACGCGGACGGCUCCGGACGGACUCCAUCGCGUCUGCCAUACAUAAUGUAUAGGCACAUUGAAGAUGUAUUCCGACGCGGUCCGACUCCGCCCGUUCGGUGAGAAACGUACUAAAGGGAUCUCACAUAUUCAAAAAAUUAAAAAAUUUCACUACUGUUUCCAGCUGUUAAACCCUUUGCCUGACGCAGAUGUCCACAUACACGCUAGUUUACAGGUUAAUAUUAAUCUUUACACCACACCAACUGGUAAAGGAUUUUAUCCACAUGUCGGGUAAAGUAAUCAGAUGAAAAUUUUGAGUUGUUUCCUUAUGUUAGCUGAUAGAAUUGACUUUUAAUUUAAAUAAUGAUUUAUUUGAUGAAGAUUGAUUGAAAUGGUAUUUUUUUUAUUACGUUAAUUUAGAUUUGAUUUGGUUUGAUUUUUUUGGUAUUGCAGAGUAAUUUCCAAGCGUUGUUGUGGUGAAAAAUUUUGUGUUUCACUCGGGAGGCAAAGUUUGUUUAACCCUCGUGCCUUGAAACCCUCGCCACGCUCAAGAUUCCACUUCUCAAAUCACUCGCUAUGCUAAUGGUUCAAUUUUGGAAUCUUUCGCUUACUCGGGUAUCAAUAUUAGCACGAGCAGUUAAACAACUUUGCCCUAGUAUAAAACAAAUAAUUAUUGUGCAUUUCAAAAUGUUUACCUUGGCGCGUUUUUACAAGCUUUUAUUUAGUUUCACCUGUCCCGUUGUCUGUAAUCAAAUCUUGAAAGUUAAAUUUGACCCACUUCCCGGUUUCCGAUGAAGAUGAAAAUUUGCAUACAUAUGUAACUUGGGUGACAAUGCAAUAUUAUUGUACCAUCGAGCUGAUCUGAUGAUGGAGACAGGUGACCAUAGGAACUCUGUGAUAAAACAACGCAACCUAAUUGUGUUUCGGGUUUUUAGAAUUGUCUCGAUGAGUAUUAGUUGCCUGUGGAAAGAAAAGUACAGUCAGCUAUAAAAUUUUUGUCUAAAACUUAUCUAUAACAGGCGUGGUGUUCAAAGGGUUAAAGAUACUGGAGUUUUAUGGAGGCCGACAGUCCACAUUUUUGGAGGCCAUUCCACGCUGCGUCAGUAUUUUACCUUUAUAUCAAAGACAAUAUAUAAUAAGGUAAGACGUGGUAAGAUGAACAUAGUUUAUUUUGCUCGGGGCAAGACAAACAGUAUGAGGAUCCCAUACAAGUGUUUGUCUUGUCCCGGUGACAGUCUUACCCCACCUUACCUUAAUAAAAUUAAGUAGGUAUAGUUAGGAUUUUAGGUACCUAUUAAUGUAAGACUGCAUUAUGUAAGCAUGAAAUAAAACCUUUUUUAUAUUGUA